AUGAGUUUUAGAGAUGCCAUUCAAAAAUAUAUUGAUCAUCCUGAGAAACAUGAUAUAGUUCAGUAUUAUGACGAUAAUGUUAUUAUUAUCAAAGAUUUAUUCCCAAAAGCCAUUCGCCAUUUAUUGGUUAUCCCUAGAAAUCCCAAAGUUUCCAAAACUCACCCACUAGAUGCAUUUAAUAGAAACUACAAUGAAUACACAGGGGAGGAACUAUAUGAAUUAAUUCUGUCUUAUGUCGAAAAGGCGAAGGAUAUGAUUAUUGAUGAGCUAUUUAAAGUGUCUAACAUGAAAGAUAAAUCUCAGUUAGGCGAAUUUAGAAAUAAUUUCAUUAGGGCCGGGAUUCAUAGUAUCCCCUCUUUGAGCAAUCUCCACAUACAUGUAAUCACACAGGAUUUUCAUUCAGUCAGAUUAAAAAAUAAGAAACAUUAUAAUUCAUUCACAACAAAAUUUUUCGUUCCAUUUCAAGAACUAGACCCAUUAAAAAAUGCUGAGUAUUGGCAUCUUUCAAAAUUUAGAGAAGAAUCGGAUGAUGAGGAGUCUGAUCACUCAAGUUUAAAUGAAACGCAGUCUAAAUUUAUUUCGCAUGAACGAUCAAAGGAAGUUAAUGAAUCCAUUAUCAAGAACACGCCGUUUAAGUGUACAUCCUGCUCUGCUACUUUCGGAAACCUGAUGGUCAAAUUAAAGGACCAUUUAAAAGGCGAGUUCACAAAGAGAUACAGCAAAUUCAUAGAUCCCAAAAUUCUAAUUCCCAAUGGCAUAAGAGAGUGA